AGCCGGCUCAAGUGGAACCGGCCUCCCCGCGCCCUGUCAGGAUGCUUGUAAUGAAGCUGGCGCUGCUGGCUGCAGCCGCGGCGCUGAAGCAGAAGCCCAGCUGCGAUGGCUGGCGCUGCUCCCCGGGCUUCGUCAGGAACGAGGCCUACCACGGCAACGCAGGGACCAGCGAUGAGCAGUGCUGUGACAUCACUUGCAGCGGCGCCAAAGUCACUUGUCCCGCCGGCCAUGUGAUGAAAGAUCCACACAAGCCCGGUGUCAACGCCACGGAGUGCUGCUCUGCCACCUGUGCGUCGGUGGCCUGUGCGUACCCCAAGACCAGCUGGCCGAAGGGCUCGCCUCACCUGAGCAAGGUGUCCACGGAUCCGCUGGACUGCUGUCAGGACAGCUGCGCGGCCAUCUCUUGCCCGACAAAGUCCGCGCAUCUGCCUGCGAAGCUGAGCAGCCCCGCCACCAGCCCCGCAGACUGCUGCGCGCCUACCUGCGAAAGUGUGAGCUGCCCCAACGGCUUUGAGCACGUCAAGGACAAGCUCUCGGAGGUGGCAGGCGACGGGCAGAAGUGCUGCCAGCAGAAGUGCGGAGAUCUCAGCGGUGAGCAUGGCUUCCAGUGCAGCCAGGGCUGGAAGCCUUUGGGCGACGCCAGGAGCUGCGUGACCCAGCCCUGCAACGACAUGCAGUGCUGCAUGAAGACCUGCCAGGUCUACGCCUGCCCCGAGUCCUAUGUCAGCAAUCCCGCCCAUGCCAGCGCCUGGCCUGCAGACGACGACACUUGCUGCCAGAAGACCUGCCAGAUUCACCAGUGCGGUGCUGGCUACGUGCCAGGAAGCAAUUUCCAGCGCAACCACACGGUCGGGGAGGCCUCCUCCGUAUGCUGCGAUAAGACCUGCAGCCUGCACCAAUGCAGCAAAGGAGCGCUGGUCCCUGGCGCUGGCAAUAUCACAGGUGGCAGCGACGACGUGUGCUGCGAGCCGAGUCUUUGCGCGCUGUUCCGCAACCUCACGAAGUCGAAGAACACGGGCUGCAACUUUCAAGACGAGGGCAGCUGCCACGGCAUGUACACUAGCGUGAACAACACCAAGCUGAACAAGACCGAAGACUUGCGAUGCACCUGGGAAGCAAGCCUCGGCCUGUGCAGAUUGGGCAACACGAAGAAGCCUGAGGGGUGCCGCGAUUAGACCCGUGGUUCGUUGCGACAAUCGGCACUUGACAACAUUGGUGAACGGGCUGCUUUGUGUUCCCCGGACUACAGAGCGUCCGUGCUUGGGGAUGUGCUGGGAUAAGAUGGCGCUACUGGAUUUGUAUUUGAACCACUGCUCAAUGGCUAGAUGUUUCUGGAUGCUAUAGUGCACCAAGCAUCAAACCAAAGCAAGCCGCAUCAUUGCGAGCCACGCUGCAACGGGAGGCUCUUUGGCUGGUUGGCUUCAGGUUUGCUUCUUCCUGGCUGAUUGGAUGUCUUUUUGGUUGGGAAUCAAGCUAGCUUCAGAACAAAUUGCCAGACCAGGUGCUCUACGGUGCUCUCAUUGGAGCGCUUGAUCUUGACACAC